AUGCGUGUAGCUUUUGCUCUUCUGACGUUCACUGCGCUCGCCGCGACGCAUAGUGCUGCGGACGAUAUAGAUGGCGCAUAUGAUCUGGUCCCCUUGGUACCCGCAUAUACGGACAAAUUGACAGCCGCACUUAGAAGCACGAGCUUUUCCGAGUCGGUGGGUAGCAUGCGCGUGUGCUGGUCCGACGUGAUUUCAGUAAAAGCGCAAGUGGUGGCUGGCAUCAACUACAUGCUCGACAUCAACGGCUGCAAUGUCUUGAUGUCGGAAGGCAAGUGCUCUAACGUGACGCUGGCAUCCUGCACGCCCUCGCCAUAUCAAGUGGUGAUCUUUGAGCAGUCGUGGACGAAUACGCUAGAGCUUUCGAGCAUUACGAAAGUGGACACCAUUAAAGGAAGUUGCCAUCAGACUAAUCCGAUUGCACCUAUUCAAACGAAGAAUCCAAUGUGUAGUUGUCAACAGCCGUCAGCAGAAGAGGAGACGCUGCUUAAGCACUGGCUUGAAGCUAUGGGUCUGGACGACUACGGCUACGAUACCUCGUAUUCCUGGCUAGCUGGCUAUCCCCAUAACAUUAAUGGCUGCAGUCCCAGCGAAUCCGUUAAAAUGUUAUAUUCUGAUCACCCAUGGCUGCCGUCUGCAGUUGUUGAGGAUGCGGAUUGCGACAGGAUUGAGAAAUCGCAGAUUCUUGCCUGGUUUAAAUUAAACAGACUAGACGAGUAUGGCAACGCUAUUGGGACGGAUGAAUCUACCUCGCCCCUACUUGAUCCACGUACGAACACGAUGAUGACUCUCUGCACAUACACCCGUUUUCAUAACAGUCCUAAUUUCCCCUGGCUGAUAAGGAAGAUGGCGACGCCAUAA